AUGGAUCUGGCUUGCCCCGCGCCAACAAAGAAUGCCUUCUCCUUGGCAUUGUUGCCUAUGAGCAUUUUGCGGGUCCCCUUUAUGGCGCUGGACCACCGGUACAGGGGACUGCGCGGGUAUGACUCUGAGCGGGAGGAGCGCUAUGGAGCACUUAGCUUGAUGUGCGGCUGGGAUGGGGCUGGGGUGCCCUAUUUUCUGGGGUCUGGCGUGGAAUGGCGGGGUUUGCAGCCGCGUCCUUGGCGUGCGAAUUGGCCUGGCAUGGUGCCGUGGUUCCCGACAUUUAUUGCGGGCACUGCGGAUUCGGAUGCGAUGCUGAAUUUAUUUGCGGUUGGCCGGCGCGGUGUGGAGCAGAAUGCCACCCCCAACGUCUUUUGUCUCUUGUCUGAGCAUCGAGGUGGCGCGGCAACGCGUCCGGAGAGCGACGCGAGCGCUUUGCGAUCCGCUGUCGGUGCAGCAGUGGGCGGAUCGAUGCGUCGUGUGGAGCUCUCUGCUGACCGGGAAGCCGACGUGAGGUUUGACUUCCUUUGGGUGUUGGCGACGGUGAACAGCUUGGCGCCCAUGCUGGGCGGCCAUGGGUCGAUGAGCUUACAAUAUCUUCCACGUGCGCCGUUCGUGUGCUCAUUGGCGGGGAAUUGGUGUACCCGAACCUCACGGACGUGA